CCACUUGGUGUUUACAUUUCUAAGAAGUGGCUCAACGUGAACGUCCGGUUCCACCUUCAGUUCUGGGAAGAGUCAGACACCGAAGUUCGUUUAUGUGAACUCUGUUGCGGCGCUCAUGUAAAAUACAAGUGUGAGCACUUGGCUUUGUGGCUUGAGGGAUUUUUCUGGUGGGUGUGUGGGGUUUUUCAUGUUUAGCUGGAACUGCUUAUUAACCAGUGUCUCUUCUCCUUUCUCUUCUAUACACUGCCCCGUGAUGGAUUUCGGUGCCUCACCUGCGCGGUUUGCCCGGCUGUCUCAUCUCUGGCAUCAUCAUGACAACAGAGAAGAGUCUAGCGGCGGAUGCUGACAAUUCAGAGCAGCAGCAAGCCAAGGAGGAGGAAGGAGCUGCUGAAACACAAAAACAAGAGGCUUCCCUAGAAGAAGGGGCUCAGCAGACAUCGGAGGGACAGCCUGCAGCAGGGCAGAAGCAGAAGGCCUCCAACGGCGAUACGCCCACGCACGAGGAGCAGAGCAAGAAGGAGCGCCGCACCUCCGAGGGCCGGGGUCUCUCCCGCCUCUUCUCAUCCUUUCUCAGGAGGCCCAAGUCUCAAGUGUCUGAAGAGGACAAAGACACUGAUGCUCCUAAAGAGGUGGGAGGUGACCAGAAAGACCUGGGAUUAGGAGCCAGCCCUGAUGAAGACAUCCUGGUGAAAGCCCCAAUUGCAGCUCCUGAGCCUGAGCUCAAAACCGAUCCAUCACUAGAUCUCCAUUCCCUAAGCAGUGCAGAAACACAGCCUGCGCAGGAGGAGAGGAGGGACGACGACGAGCCGGACAGCAGAGACCUUGGGGGCAAGGAAGGGGGGGAAGUGAAGGAAGAGUGCGCCAAGCCAGAGCCGAAACAAGAGACUCCGGAGACCAAAGUGGAGAAGGAUUUGAAAGCUGCCCAGAGAACAGUAAAAAGACACAGAAACAUGUACUGCAAAGUUGUCUUGCUGGAUGACACCAUUUUUGAGUGUGCUGUGGAUAAACACGCCAAGGGGCAGGAUCUACUUAAAAAAGUCUGUGACCACCUCAAUCUCCUGGAAGAAGACUACUUUGGUUUGGCCAUAUGGGACACGCCGACCUCCAGGACGUGGCUGGAUCCUGCCAAAGAAAUAAAAAAACAGGUUCAUGGAGGUCCCUGGGAUUUUACCUUCAAUGUCAAGUUUUAUCCACCGGAUCCCGCGCAGCUGACAGAGGACAUAACCAGGUAUUACUUGUGUCUUCAGCUUAGACAAGACAUCAUUACGGGGCGGCUGCCCUGUUCCUUUGCGACUUUGGCUCUGCUGGGUUCGUACACGGUCCAGUCCGAGCUGGGAGACUAUGAUCCCGAUCUACACAGCCCAGAUUACAUCAGUGAAUUUAAAUUGGCCCCAAACCAGACGAAAGAGCUCGAAGAGAAGGUUGUGGAGCUUAUAAAACAUAACAGAAACAUACAGGAAAGAUCCAUGACUCCAGCUCAAGCAGACCUGGAAUUUCUUGAGAAUGCAAAAAAGCUGUCUAUGUAUGGAGUCGACCUUCACCAAGCCAAGGACUUGGAAGGAGUGGAUAUCACUCUGGGAGUCUGUUCCAGUGGCCUUCUUGUUUACAAAGAUAAACUGAGAAUCAACCGCUUCCCUUGGCCCAAAGUCCUGAAAAUUUCCUACAAACGCAGCAGCUUCUUUAUCAAGAUUCGGCCAGGGGAGCAAGAACAGUAUGAAAGUACAAUUGGGUUCAAGCUACCAAGUUACCGGGCAGCGAAGAAACUGUGGAAAGUAUGUGUUGAACAUCACACGUUUUUCAGGCUGACUUCCACCGAGGCCAUCCCAAAGAGCAGGUUCCUGGCGCUGGGCUCCAAGUUCCGCUACAGCGGCCGGACGCAGGCGCAGACGAGGCAGGCGAGUGCCUUGAUCGACCGACCUGCUCCACAGUUCGAGCGGACGGCAAGUAAGCGAGCCUCCAGGAGCCUUGACGGAGCAGUGGCCGUGAUAACCCCCGAGAGGAGUCCCCGUCCCACCUCUGCCCCGGCCAUCGCUCAGAGCCACGCUGCAGAACCAGCCCCAGCUAAGCCCGACGCGAAGGACGUGGUCGCUGCCUCUAAAGUUGAAAAGGAAGCAGCGAAACCCGAUGUGAGGCGUGAAGAAAUCCCACCGGAGAAAGCCAAGCCGGAGCCAGCCGAUGCAUCAAAGGUGAGGAAAACGCACAUUGAGGUCACAGUACCCACCACGAAUGGUGACCAGCCCCAGAAAAGAUCAAAGAGGCUAGAUGGUGAAAACAUUUAUAUCAGGCAUAGCAAUUUAAUGUUGGAGGAUCUAGAUAAGACCCAAGAAGAAAUAAAGAAGCAUCACGCCAACAUCAGUGAGUUGAAGAAGAACUUUAUGGAGUCCGUCCCGGAGCCUCGGCCGAGUGAAUGGGACAAACGCUUGUCCACUCACUCCCCUUUCCGAACCCUCAACAUCAACGGGCAGAUUCCCACGGGAGCGGAUGGAGUCAAGAAAGUCACUGUCCUAUCUUCUGAGAGACAGGUUGGUGGGCUUGAGAAAAUGAGUGCCUUUCUCUCCAGGGAGGAUGUGGCUGCAGUGCCAGAGAGGAGCAGUGUUAACACUGGCUUUGCGUGGGAGGGCUCAAAGCAGUCGGUAGCUUUUAGUGAGACCCUAGUGCCACCCGCCUCAGAGCCUUCUCCCAGCCGUGACUUUGCUGCCUCCUCCCUAAGCAGCGAGGAGGAGGAGGAGGAGGAGGAGGCAGCUCCCAGCCUCCCCGCGAGCGAGGAGGACCUGAGAUGUGGACAGGGGGUUUGUGCGGAUGCGGAGAAGGACUUGGAGCUCUCUGAGCUGGAGCCCCCCGCCAGCCCUGCCGCACCUCCCCGGCAGCCCUGGGGAGGAGAGGAGGAGGCGGCAGCGGAUGGUGAAGACAGAUUUGCCUUUAGAAAGCUAAAUGGCGAGUGUCACGACUCAGAUGUUAAUAACGGGCUGCCAGCAGUCAUUCGCUGCUUCCAGCCACCGCUAGUGAAGACACAGACGGUCACCAUCUCCGACGUGUCCAGCGCCGUCAAAAGCGAAAUUCCCACAAAAGAAGUCCCCAUUGUCCACACGGAGACGAAGACCAUCACCUAUGAAGCUGCACAGACAGAUGGUGGCAAUGGAGAUUUAGACCCUGGCAUCCUGCUGACUGCUCAGACCAUCACUUCGGAAACCACCAGCAGCACCACCACCACACAGAUCACGAAGACUGUAAAAGGUGGCAUUUCAGAGACGCGGAUUGAAAAGAGGAUUGUCAUCACAGGAGAUGCAGAUGUAGACCACGACCAGGUUCUAGCGCAGGCGAUAAAGGCGGCAAAGGAACAGCACCCGGACAUGUCGGUGACCAAAGUGGUUGUGCACCAGGAGACCGAGAUCGCAGAGGAGUAGCGAGGCUGUGAAGCGUUCCUGCCAGAUACACCACCAGGAAAAAGAAACCCAGCAAAACUACCAAGAAACUACCUGGAGCACAAAGACCUCGGAUUUACAAGACUUGACACUCAGAGACAUUCAUAUCGUUUAUUAGGAGUUGCGCUUUGACAUUUUACUUGGGAUUUUCCAGACUCCACUGGAUCCUAUUGGAUAUAGAUUUUUUUUUUUUUUAUAUUGUGACAAAAGUAUGCCAUAUUUCUAACUGUACUGAAUAUUUUUUACAGGUUUUCAAUUUUGCAUUCCCUCUCAUGCAUAGCCUCUUCAGAUACAGACCCAGACACACCUCACAGGGCUCAAAGGGUCGCUGUUUUAAGUCGUAUUCCCUCCGCCUCGUCAGGAAUAACGGAGAUAAGUCACAUCUGUGCAUAUUCCGAGUGCGGGAUCCGUACGCGCCUUCGAAAAGCCAUGGGUCCUUCUGCUGGGAGAGUCAGUUUAAAAAGUCAGACUUCAGUUUUGUGCAGCAUUUCCGAUUGCCUCUUGAUUUUUUUAUUUUUUAUUUUUUUUUUUAGCUCUAGGGAGCUUGAGACUCCAGCCGCAAUAUCUGGGCGUGCAGAGCUGCUGCCUUCGCUCCGAAUUUCCUCCCCGUUGGGUUUCAGGCCCCCGAUGUGUGAACACAGUAGGGUUUUGUGGUGUAGCCUAUGCACACAUCUUAAUAGUUGACUAGAUUUAAGGAAUACUGGAAGUUGCUUCAAGUAUCUUAUACUGUGAAUUUUAGAGCUUUAAGAGGACUGUGAUAGCACCUCGCCUUCCUCCUGUGUGUCUCUGCCGAGUGCUACCUACCUGUUUGUGUUUUCUAGAUGCCAUUAAACUAAAAAGCCCUUAGAAGUGUGCGUUUAAGGUGUUUGGACUCUGAAUGCUAUUGAGGUAGGCUUAUGCAGCAUUCACAGUAACUGAUUUUUUUUCAGUGUCAUAGUUUUUCACUUGUUUGUGUUCAUGAUUUUUAAAUUAGGGGGGUUUUUUUUGUAAGUCAUGGGUUGGGUUUUUUCCUCCCCUCACAGUGCUAUUUAAAGCUAAACACGUUACCCAUAUACCAGGGCAUAUAUCCUACUAUCAUUUAAUUUAAAAUCCUUUAGACAAUCCUUCCUAGGCCUGUAAGCUGUAUUUGGAGAGGCUGAACAAGAAAUCUUAGGAGGUGUCAGGUGUUGCUGGUCGUGAUAGAGCCAAACCAUGUGGAAAGUGCUGCCAUCCCCUCUUCCACGCUGGCUUAAGGGUCUGGACUUCGUUUGGCUUCGUGACCGCCUUGCUGGAAUGAAAUACCAGGGUUAGUGUCUGCAUCUUUAGGCUGAGCUUACAGACCACCGGCGUCAUCUCCAGCUAGGUGGGGAAGACCAGAAAACACCUUUUCUGGGGCUGGAUGCACUUCCCUCCACGGCACCUGGGGCUGAGCUCCUGCUGCUGCUUUCUGAGCUUCAUGGAAAUGUUUUAAUCAUGCCCUUGUUUCUCCUUCCAGCAUUUAAAUUUAAAAAAAAAAACAAAAAAAAACCAAAAAACCCCAAGCUUUGUAAAGAGUCUGCCCAGACACUUGUGAACACUUUAGUACACUUUGAGGUUGUGAUUUUUAUUUUUAUUUUUUAUAUAUAUAUAGUGUGGCACAUUGGAAGCUGAGGGCAUGGAGUGCUCUGCUGCUGCUCCUCAGUUGAGGAUGGGAAGCAAAUGGCAAUAAAAAAAAAAGCUCUCUGCUCUUUUAAAUUUGAAUAAUGUGUUUCAGAAGUCACUGGAUUUAGCUCAGGCUGCAACGACCUGCUGUUUAGCUGCAAACAGCCUUCGAACUGCACUGGGGUAGUGUAGCUUCUCAGAUUCAGGUGCAAUUUUAAUUAAGCUGUCACUAUUGAUUGGAGACUAUGCUGAAAACGCUGGAGCUGCUGGAUUUUUGCUUGCUUUGAGCCUUGCUGGCCGUGGGCCCCUCUCAGCUUCCAGCCUUCCCGUGCCGGUAGCUGCUGCUCGGGCUGCUCUGGGUGCGUGGUCCCCUCCCGCAGCGAUGCUCUGCCUUCCACUGGGUACCGGGCAUCCUAUUCUGGGGAUUUAGAGAGUCCUGCGCUCCACAGCUGUAGUGUAGAGAUGAAGUCUUCCUAUUUAUGUCUGAACAGCCUUUUCCUUCUUUACUCUGCAGCACAGACCCUUUAACAGGUCUGUGUCCCUGCUGUCCUCAACUUAGUUGGGUAACGCUUGCCUUAAAAGCCCAUCAUGCUGAGCAUCCUUCUGGUGAUGUCCCUUUUCUAGGAAUUUAGCUUUUUGCCACUCGGUCCUUCCUUCUCACCCUGGAGCAGCUACCUGAGGAGUGAACGGGCACGCCGCGUAGUCGUUACGAGGAUUUCUGAGCUUUACUAGGCAAAGCCAGCGUGAUAAAUUAAGUUUGUCCAUAGCACUUAAAGGCGCUUGGCCAUCACGAGAACUCAGGGGGACGUGGUGUGAGGCUGAAGCUUGGCCCCGGGUGUUCAGUUGGGGUGUCCUGUGCCCUGAGCAUGGGAUUUCUAGGGUGAGAAACCCGCUGGCACGAGAAGUGGUUCCUUUCCAGAAGGGUGCGCUCACUGUGGCUGCAUACAUCCCUUUUUAAGGGCCCAUAGACUAGAAUAACCCUCUCAUUUUUUUUUUUCCCCCUGGAUUUUGGGUGGCUGUUUCCAGUUUGUUCAUUCUCGCGCUUCCCCCUUCUAAGUUCUUGCUUCUUGAGUAUCUUAAACAAGUUAUCGCCUCGUCUGACCUUUGCCAUCACCCUGCUGUCUGACCCCACGGGGGAUUUCCAGCCCUGCUGACCCUCUCCAGCCGACACGGCCGCCUACGUGCAGCGCCCGAGCCCAGGAGCUGGACGGGAGCAGUGGCAGCCUGGGAAGAAGAUGAAAGUUAAGAGCAGAAGAAGCUUCUUCCAUCCUCAGCCGGGGCUGCCCGCACCCCUUCCACCUCCGACGGGUUUUUAAAAUCCUUGGCUCUUAGCGUGCUGUGUUAUUUCUAGGGACAAACCAGCUAAGUAAGGUCUAUUUAUAUGAAUGUUCCCAGCUCUUCCCACUCCACAAAUUCACCCAGAGACUGUCUUGAUUGUAUAAUAUACAUUAUAUGGAAGCUAUUUAUAUAUGAAUGAAUGUUUUUAUAGAAAGGAAGGCAAGGAGCUCAUGUUCUCCUCCAUUAAACUGGAACGGCAGCACCGGUUGCCAAAUAGCAAUCUCUGACCAACACAGAUGUGUUAGCAAAGGACUGACUGAUUUCUGGUUUUAAUAAACUGUGGUUUGCAGAUUUUCCUAAUUGUACAAUUACCUUAAGAGGUGGUAGUGUCCCAGCCUUAGAGAUGAAAC